UUACCCUCUCACACAGCUGCAAAUGUUUAUACCUGAGAGCUGCAAAUUGUUUUCUCCGCCAUUUUUGCACACUCCCAUGUUAUACCUAAGCAGCUUCCCUCGAUUUCUCUCUCUAAAGCGUGUCCUCCCCUUUAUCUCUCUUAAAAAACUGAGCUUUACCCCUAACAAAUUGUAUCUCUCAGCGAAAAUGGAGCCACAAUCGUCCACGACGCUCGUUCUAUGCGGGAAAUCGGCAAUAGAAGAUGAUAUCGCCCGGCGUUUGAAGAAAAACGCCGCGAUUAAGCUCCCCGAUGAUUCUCCGGUGACGGUUGUUUUGCUGUCCGAGAUCGACAAUCGAGGCGGCGUUUGCAACGACGACGUUUUCCGCGUGGGUUCGUACAUGAAUUCGCUCUCGACUUCGAAUUUCGGAAAGCUGCUCGUUUACUCUCCCAAAUUAUCUUCGACGCAUGAUGUUGUGUCCCAUAAUUUUGCUGAGCUGCCGACUGGUUCUGUGUGUGUUGCCGACGUGCAGCUAAAAGGCAGAGGUCGAUCGAAGAAUGUAUGGGAAUCACCAAAAGGGUGCCUUCUGUUUUCAUUUACCAUACAGAUGGAGGAUGGCCGCAUUGUGCCACUUGUGCAGUAUGUUGUUAGCUUGGCUAUGACAGAGGCAGUUAAAGAUGUUUGCCGAAGAAAUGGCCUGCCUUCUCUUGAUGUAAGAAUAAAGUGGCCAAAUGAUCUGUAUUUAGAUGGUCUUAAAGUGGGAGGCAUUUUGUGCACAUCAACGUAUAAGUCUAAGAAGUUUAAUGUCAGUGCUGGAAUUGGCCUCAAUGUCAAUAAUCAACAACCAACAAUAUGUCUGAAUUCUGUUCUAAGAAAGAUGGGACAUGUAAAUGUUGCUCCUCAACUGCAGCGAGAAGAUAUUAUUGCGGCUUUCUUCAAUAAAUUCGAGAGUUAUUACGACAUUUUCAUUAGUCAAGGUUUCCAAGCACUGGAAGAGCUGUACUACAAGACAUGGCUUCACAGUGGACAACAAGUUAUUGUACAGGAAAAGAAUGAAGAUGACAAGCAAAUAUCAGAAAAUGUGGUCACAAUCCAGGGUUUAACAGAAUCUGGAUAUUUACUGGCUGUCACUGAAAGUGGUCAGAUAUGUGAACUUCAUCCAGAUGGAAACAGUUUCGACUUCUUUAAAGGACUGGUGAGAAGAAAAUUAGCAUGAAGCAGCUUUUGACCCCACAGUUUGUUCCUUUUCAUUUGAGCUUCUCUAUCUUCUUCUUGUGUCAUUUACUCAUUUAACUGUUGUGCAAAUAUAAGUUAGGCUUGGUUCAGAAAUUUCCAACAUUAGUACAGGUGACUCUAGUAUCUUUUUAUUUUAUUUUUUACAUUUUUUAUUUUUGUGAGAAAAUGUGACUACAUGUUUUAUCAAUGUGGGACUAACAGAACUUUCACAAGAGCCAGGUGGUCAGGUGGGGUGGGGUUUUGCAGGGAGUAAAUGGUCCCAAACAGUUUGUCUUUUUUGAGUUGAACAGGAAAUUUAUUGGAUUGGUUUUGAAUUUUGAUGCCUUUGUGAGAAAUUCAAUAAUUGCUGCCAGAUAAAUUGAAAAGUUA